UAUUUUCUGUCCGUGUUUUGCAGCUGUCGGUGUCGCUCACAGUUCGGGGAAGGUCGCUCAUUUCCAACAUGGAGAUCCAGCGGGCAGUGCGCAUUUUACUGCUUCUGCUAGCCCUUCUUUUCCCCAUUUGUUGGUGCCGAAAUGAAGAGGAGCGCCUCAUUAAUUACCUGUUUAAAGAAAAGGGCUACAACAAAGAGCUCCGCCCAGUGCAAAGACAACAGGAUGCAGUGGACGUGUACCUCGCGCUCACACUCUCCAAUCUCAUCUCUCUGAAAGAAGUUGAUGAGACCUUAUUGACCAAUGUAUGGAUAGAUCAUUCGUGGACGGACCACAGACUGACCUGGAACACGUCUGAGUUUGAUGGGAUCGACAUGCUGCGUCUGCCCUCCAACAUGGUGUGGCUGCCUGAGAUCGUCCUCGAGAACAAUAACGACGCCCAGUUCCAGGUGGCCUAUUACUCGAAUGUGUUGGUUGAUCCUAGUGGGUUUUGCUAUUGGCUUCCUCCUGCCAUCUUCCGCUCGUCGUGCUCCAUCAAUGUCAACUAUUUCCCCUUUGACUGGCAAAACUGCUCUCUCAAAUUCACAUCUUUGACAUACAAUGCGAAAGAAAUCAGAAUGUUGCUGAAAGAAGAUGAAGGUGAUGAUGGUAAAUUCACCGUAGAGUGGAUCAUCAUUGACCCUGCUUCAUGGACAGAAAACGGUGAAUGGGAGGUGAUACAUCGUCCGGCAAAGAGAAACACAUAUAAACACAUCCCAAUGGAGAGCAAUAAGCAUCAGGACAUCACCUUUUACCUGAUCAUCAAACGCAAACCCCUGUUCUACAUUGUCAACAUCAUUAUCCCCUGUGUUCUUAUCUCUUUCCUGGCUUCGCUGGUCUACUACCUGCCUGCAGACAGUGGAGAGAAGAUGACUCUGUCCAUCUCUGUGCUCUUGGCUCAGUCUGUGUUUCUGCUGCUGAUCUCACAGAGGCUCCCAGAGACCUCCAUGUCCGUGCCACUCAUCGUCAAAUACCUGAUGUUCAUUAUGGUGCUGGUGACGGUGGUGGUGCUGAACUGCGUAGUUGUUCUUAAUCUGCACUUCAGGACGCCCAGCACUCAUGUCAUGACCGCGUGGACCAAGUGGUUUUUCCUGGAGCGUCUCCCUCGGAUCCUGCGCAUGUCCAAACCAGAGGAGUCGGAGCCGUACUGGGACGGAGCUCUGCCUCGGCGCUCCAGCUCUGUGGGUUACAUCGCCAAAGCAGAAGAAUACUACAGCGUCAAGUCUCGCAGUGAGCUCAUGUUCGAAAAGCAGUCACAGAGACAUGGACUGAUGGCUCGCCCCACGCACGCCUCAGUGGUGGCGCCCCCUGUGGAUGGAGGAGAGACAGAGCAGCUUUAUGCAGAAAUCAAACCGGCGGUCGACGGUGCCAACUACAUCAUCAAACACAUGCGCAAUAAGAACGACUACAACGAGGAGAAGGACAAUUGGAGUGGGAUUGCGCGUACAGUGGACCGUCUGUGCCUCUUCCUCGUCACUCCAGUCAUGAUUCUGGGCACGAUCAUCAUCUUCCUCAUGGGACUUUGUAACCACCCCCCUCCCCUGCCUUUCAAAGGAGACCCCCACGACUACAAAGAGGAGAAUCCACGCCUGCUUCACUAACGAUCCUUGACGUCAUUGGAUUACACCGUCUGAGAAGCACAGAUAUGGCCCUCACAGAUACAACGUACCCCCCCUGGACCCUCUACUGGUGACACACACACAAGACAUAUCUCCAAGAACUACAAAAUAUUACUACCAUUUACAGUUACAUAUCAUAGACUGUAUAACGAAGUGGACUAAGAGAGUGUGACGUCACCCAUGGCGUUCAGCUCCAGUCAAAUGAAGCUCAUCGAGGAAAUAUGAAGGAAAUAAAAACACCAGGAUCAUGUAGAGCGGAUUAAUACGAAUAUUUUAAGACCAAAUGAGGAGCCUGACAGCAGCAGUUACAGAGAGGGGCGACGUUUUUUCAAUACAAAGUGAAUCGGAGCUGAAAUAAGAAAAUUUGCACACAUAUUUACCUAAAUAUGUGCACAAAAACAGUGAUCUAUAAUGUCAGUAUUUUUCCCAAUGACAGCAGAUAUUUAAUAAAGAUUUUUACAGCUCCAACUUCAUACAACGUGCCAGUAUUAGCAUUAGCAGUACAGGAGACACUGUAGCAAUGUGUGGACUUUCUUCAUUCAUUAUAAUGUGACUAUAUCAAGUUUGCAUUGUGAAUAUAUUUUAGACAUAUUUUUGUUUUAGUAGAUAAGACUUUAUACUUACUCGUGGUACUUUUGCCAGUAUGUUUCUGUACUUUUUAACUUUAAGGACAUUGUUUAUAUGCUUUCUUUUAGCAAUAUUUGUCUGAAUAAAAUGUGGUCAAAUAAAAUCUGUUUGUUUUCUUUA